CAGCUAGGAUGACACAUCAAAAUAAGAAGCAAGAAGAAAUGGAGCAGCACUAGAUCAUAAUUGAAAGAAAAUACAACAGUUAAAUUCUGUUAAUGCUGUAUACCUUUUAAAAAGUCAGGGUGGCGGGUAAUAAGUGGGGAAGAAGAAUGUUUCUGUCUCUUCCUACAUUGACUGUCCUUAUUCCACUGGUCUCUUUAGCAGGACUGUUCUAUUCAGCCUCUGUUGAAGAAAACUUCCCACAGGGCUGCACUAGCACCACCAGCCUGUGCUUUUACAGUCUGCUCUUGCCAAUUACCAUACCAGUUUAUGUGUUCUUCCAUCUUUGGACUUGGAUGGGUAUUAAACUUUUCAGACAUAAUUAAUGUAACCAGAGCCAAAAUGGUAUAUAUGUAAUGAUGAUAUGUGUUGGGCCUCUAUCUCUUCAAGCUCAACUAGAUGGAAAUACUGGAGGCUAUUUAGUUUGCAGGAAGAUGCUUUGCCUUGCAUCUGUCAGAGGCUUAGGCCUAUGGAAUGCUUGAGCUGCAGAAGUUUCUGUUAUUAUACUCUUGUUCUGCCCUUGUUUUUUGAAGGUUCUAACUGUCUUAGAAGACAUGUUUUGACAAAGUGUCUUAUUUAAGAGUAACAGCCCCAAUCAUCAGCUGAUGACUAUUUCUUGUUUCACUCAUUUGAAAUUUUGUUUGUUUGGGUACGAGCUCUUUGGUAACAUUACAUGUUAGGGAUGACUAAAAUAAUUCCAAAGGAGCAGUGCUAGAGUAGUUUUAGGGAAUUGAAUACAUGUUAUGUAAACCUUACAGUAAAAUGGAAAUUUCAUGUAGUUGCAAAAGUUUUGAGUUUGGAAAACUAACUUAAUUUCUUUGACAUUAAAUGCAGACAUUGAUAAUAAAAUAAGAUGUUAAUAUUUUCCCAUUUAAAAA